GCGGGCGGAGCCGCCGCCGCGGGCCCGGCGGAGCAGCGGAGCCGCCUCCCCUCCGCCCCAUGCGCGGCCCGCGCUGAGCCCCGCCCGCCCUUCCCCGCCGGGCCGGCGCUCGCCCUCUCGCCCUCCCUUGGAUGCCGCCGAGAUGGGCAAGGUGCUGUCCAAGAUCUUCGGGAACAAGGAGAUGCGGAUCCUGAUGCUGGGGCUGGACGCGGCCGGCAAGACCACGAUCCUGUACAAGCUGAAGCUGGGCCAGUCGGUGACCACGAUCCCCACCGUGGGCUUUAACGUGGAGACCGUCACCUACAAGAACGUCAAGUUCAACGUGUGGGACGUGGGCGGCCAGGACAAGAUCCGGCCCCUGUGGCGGCACUACUACACGGGCACGCAGGGGCUCAUCUUCGUGGUGGACUGCGCCGACCGCGACCGCAUCGACGAGGCGCGGCAGGAGCUGCACCGCAUCAUCAACGACCGGGAGAUGCGGGACGCCAUCAUCCUCAUCUUCGCCAACAAGCAGGACCUGCCCGACGCCAUGAAACCCCACGAGAUCCAGGAGAAACUGGGCCUGACCCGGAUCAGGGAUAGGAAUUGGUAUGUGCAGCCCUCCUGUGCCACGACGGGGGAUGGACUCUACGAAGGGCUGACGUGGUUAACGUCCAAUUAUAAAUCCUAAUGGGAGAGGAACUAUUUAGUCUACAAAGAAUUAAAGAAACAAAACAAAAAAAUUAAACAAAAAAAAAAGUUUAAAAAAGAAAGAAACAAAAAAAAAAUAAAUAACCCACGUGGCUUUCCAGAAGAAUGAUUCUCUACUGAAAAGUGAAAACAAAACCGCAUCCAUAGGAUUAUGAUCACCUUUCUCCAGUUGCCACCCUUUCCUCCUGCACCCUUGGCUGGAUUCCUGUUCUAACUCCUCCUGCUUGGCGUUAGGAUGCUCUAACCUCCGAAUGUGACACGAACACAGGCACUAGAUGCUAUGGCAGACUUCCAGCAAACAGGGGAAGGACACAUUAUAGACUUGCUAAGUAACUUUUUUUUUUUGGUUUUUUUUUUGGUUUUUUUCCUUUUUCCUCUCGAUAGCCCUUUGCUGGUUUGAUUAUUUUGGGGGAUGUUGGGGGAGGGGGUCCAUUUUCAGUGUAUGCUUUCUGGGUCUACUUUUUUGAUUAUAUAUAUUUUUUUUUCUCUCUCUUCUCUCACUUUGCUGUAGAUUGCUACUUUUUUGCAUUCCUGCAGGAUAUGUUGCUAGGUCGACUUCAUCUAGUAAACUGAAAAUUGUUGCUUAAAAUCAAACCGCAGUCUGUCUUUUUAUAUUAAGGACUUUUUUUUUUUUAAAGUUCUGUUAAUCUGUAACUAAACAGUGACUCAGUCUGGCUCCACGGCUCAGGCUAAUGAGGGGAAUUCUUGCCUGCAGUGGCAGAGAGUGGGAAUUCCACUGUAACGUGUUCAAAGUGCGUGUCGGGCGCCGGGAAAUGUAAGAACUGCUUUGGAAUGUCAGCUGGGAAGUUCUGACCCAUACAUCAUGCAUGAGGAGGGAUGCAAAACCAGCUCCCCACACCACAUAGCAAACAAGGCAUGAACGAUGCUGUAGUUCCAGGGUAGGCACUGGGCAGUUUUUUUUGUCUUAAAUGAGGUUUAGUUGCAGUUUUUUACAACUUGGUGUCGGUCCCCGGGCCGAGGCUCUUUCCAGCAGAUGCAGCAAUAAAAUGUUGCAACGAGUUUGACUUUAAAUCAGAUGUUAUGGCAAAAGUCCAGCUCUGACUUGCCUCUCGCUUCCAUCUCAAGGCAGCUGGAGACACCCAAACCUUGAAAGGAUUCCUGAUUCUUUCCAACAGAAAGAAGGAAAUUGUUGUUAUUAUUAUUAUUAUUAUUAUUGUUCUUUUUCCAUGCUGGAGCCUGGCGAAGGGGCGAGUUCUGUGCCGAGCUCUGCUCAAGCCCGGGGAUUCUGACAUCAGGAAUGGCCAUUUUGAGGAAAUCACUUCUUGCUUUAAUUUUCCAAGCCUGGACUGAGCUCCUGCGAGCAGCUGGAGCCUCCCCGUGUCCCGGUUGUUGCUGUAGUCCUGUAGGAAAGGGAACUAUGUUGGAUGUCUGAGGCCCAUUGAGUAACUACUAAUGAGAGCAGGGAGGGGAGAGAGAGAGAGAGAAUCGACGCUGAAUGUAAACUUCCAUAAUUAGUUCUUAAAGGGCAAAGCAGCUCGUUAGCCAUGUCACAGCCUGUAGCUGGGACUGGCCAAUCAAAAACCCCACCCAGAGCGAGUAUUUGCAUAAAAACUCAAUCAAGUAUUAAUUAACACUGGGUGCACAAACUGUUAAAGCAGCUGGUUCUUAUUCAGCCUUAAGGAUUAACUUCAGAUUUCCUCAAGGAGUUAAAACUCCAUUGGGGAAUUCUAGGAAUGUAUGCUACAAAACCAGAAGAAAAUGGCUUUUACUUUCCUUUUUUUUUUUUUUUCCUUAAUUGUUUUCUCUUUUCAAGAAUAUAAGUUUUACAUGGAAUUGGGGGCAUUACACUACAUUGCUGCAGUGGUGACUCUGCAUGCUGAGUACUUGUACAUGGAGCUCUUACCAAAGAUGUAUGGGAAGACAAAAAUCCUGAAUUCACUUCUGAAAUCCAAUGCUUUGGAGCACUUCAAAGUCCUUUUAGAGUGUGGUUCCAAAAAAAGACUUUUCUGGAUGUGGGUUGUAAAUGGGACUGGAUGGGUCCUUGGUGCUAGAAGAUAGAGCAUUGAUGGACUUUGUGAAUUAGAGAGAGUCUGCAGAAGCUUAAUGUAGAAAUAACUUCCAUCUCAGCCCUAAAGAAGAGGAAGUGAGAUUAGUUUAUUUUAAUCCAAGGCUUUUUGCCAUUGGAAUAUCAUUGCUCUAUUUUCUAGCUUUUAUUUUUCUUUUCCUGUUGCUGUAACUUAAUGAACAGUGUGGUGGUAUAAAAACUUAAAAUUACAACAAUAUGGUUACUGUUUUCUUCUGGAGCAUCAAUAAAAUAGCCAAGCACAAAGUAAAUGCCUAAACUGGAAAA